AUGGAUAAUAUUGAUUUUAAAACAUUUGAAACUAAUAGUCGAGAAGAAGAUGACAAAAUUAAUGCAGUUGAUAGUAAAGAAGAAGUAUUAGAAGAAGAUGAAAAAGAUAAAUCUAAUUCAAAAGUAUUAGAAGGUGGUGAUAAAAAAGAUGAUGAAAAAGAUAAAUCUAAUUCAAAAGUAUUAGAAGGUGAUGAUGAAAAUAAUGGUAAAAGUUAUAAAAAAAUAAUUAUUGUUUUAAUUAUAUUAGUAGCAGUUUUAAUUAUUUUAGGAGGUAUUUAUAUCUUUAUUAUGUUUUCUGAAGAAGAUGACGACGAUGAGUUUGAUUUUGAAGUUAAAAAAACUUCGGAAGUAAACGAUUAG